AUGGUCGCCGACGCAGUCAUCUACCACCCGUCGGUGUCGCACUACCUCAAGUUCGUCGCGACGACGGUAGGCCGCGACAAGCUCCUGCGCACGCUGCAGUACUUUGCGCGCUUCUACGCGUGGUACCUUCUGCGGACCAACGGCAGCGCCGCCGAGAUGGCACCGUGGGAGGCGAUGAAGAAGCAGUUCGGCCUGGUGCGCAAGGUGCUGCGGGUCGGCAAGAACGUCGAGCACUUCCGCGCCGCCGCCGCCGCCGCCGACGCCAAGACCGCCGACCCGGUCCUGCGCUACGCCGCCGUCGGCCGCCAGCUCUGCUACGCCGGCUACCUGUCGUUCGACGCUGCCACCGUCCUCGACGCUACCGGCAUCCGGAGCUUGCCCGCCGCCAAGCGCCUGCAGAGGGAGAGCUACCGGUUCUGGACUGCGGGGUUGGUCUUUAGCGUCCUCGCGCAGACGUAUACCCUGUACCGCCUGAGGGAGCGGGAGGCGAGGGUGGAUAAGAAGGAGGGCGAGGGCGUGGUUGAGAGCAAGCGGAUUGCCAUUGAGCGAGCGGCAAGCCGGCUUCAGCUGACCUCGGACCUCUGCGAUCUGACCGUGCCACUCACCGCGCUGAGCUGGGUUGGCCUUGAUGAUGGUGUUGUUGGCCUUGCUGGCACAGUGAGCAGUUUGAUUGGUGUCUAUUCGCAGUGGAAGAAGACUGCCUAA